AUGUCUUUUUCACCAUCGUCUACUGAUUUGGAAGAUAGUAUGAAGACAAUUCAAGACCAUAUCGAUAUGGUCUCUACUCAAAGUAUUCAGAACAUGGCAGAUUGCCAGGCUUGGACACUUUCUCAUAGAGACUCUGUCACCCCAACAUCAUCGGUUGAUUUGAUACAGAUGAUGGGGGGAAUUGAAGAAAAUGCUAGCAGAGUCCUUAUUGGUAGUCUCAACAAUGAGGUUGAUUGCAACACUUGGACUUCAAGCUAA